UUGUUAGCCCAUCAAACACACUAAGUUUUCAUUUUUGAAAUCCAAAUUCUUAAGUGUAAAGCUUUCCCAGCGAGAGGAAAGAAAAUAAAAAAAUGGCAUUUCUCGCAGGACACUGGGCUUUUGUGUUUGGACUUCUUGGCAAUAUUGUCUCGUUCAUGGUGUUUCUUGCUCCUAUCUCGACUUUCUACCAAAUUUACAAGAAAAAAUCGAGCGAAGGCUAUCAGUCAAUCCCAUAUGUCGUCGCUCUAUUCAGUGCCGUGCUAUGGAUAUACUAUGCCUUCCUCAAGACUAACACCACACUUCUCAUCACCAUAAACUCGGUCGGCAUUGUUAUUGAGACAAUUUACAUUGUACUUUAUGUUGUCUACGCCUCAAAGUCAGGAAAGAUUCAAACGGCGAAGCUUCUUGGUUUGCUCAUGGGAUGUGGGGUGGGAUUGAUUGUUGUGACUCAUUUCCUCGUGAAAAGUCCCGUGCAACGUGCCACCAUUGUUGGGUGGAUUUGCCUAAUCUUUUCUUUGUGUGUGUUUGUUGCCCCCUUAUGCAUUGUGAGACAUGUUAUACGAACCAAGAGCGUGGAGCACAUGCCGUUCCUUUUAUCGUUCUUCCUCACCCUUAGCGCGGUUAUGUGGUUUUUCUACGGCUUAUUGCUAAAAGACUUUAACAUUGCGAUUCCGAACGUGCUAGGGUUCACCUUCGGCAUCCUCCAAAUGGUGCUCUACCUAAUGUACAAAAACCCAAAAAACAAAAAAAUGGAAGAGCAAAAACUUCCUCAGACACAAAAGCAAGUUGUGGUACUCGAUCAUGAGGACAAAAAAAAGGUCGAGAUCAUAAAGAUUAAUAACACAAUCGACAAAAUUCCGUCCGUGCCCCUGUCGUGCAAAAAUGAAGUCGAGCCAGUAAUAUCUCUGCCCCAGAACAUGCCCAGGCAUUGUGAAGUUUGAUAUGGGGCAUGCUUAACUGAGUUGCAUGGCAUCUAAUUAGUUAAUUAGCUGUUAGUAAUCGAAUAAAUAAUAUUUGUCUAAUUUGCUUUCCUUAUAAUAGUUUGGGCUCUGCUGGGAGACAGCAGACUUUAGUAUAUAUGUAAUUUUUUUCUUUCUGCAAUGUUCGUGACUAAUGAAAAAGUGGAUGCCAUUUGCUAUAUAUACAUAAAUAUGCCUGAGCGUUCUUAUUUUGUUCUCUCUUUUUCCCUUUGUAAACUAAUUAUAGUUGAAGGUUUUGAUUACCUUACCAAAUAUAUUUAUGCAAUUCUAAUGUAGAGA